AUGCUUGUGUUUGUCACAGUCGGCUCAACCAAGUUCGACGCGCUCAUCCAGGCUGUUCUUUCGGCCGAUGUGCUGCAGUGUCUACAGGCGAAGGGCUACACGAGUCUGGUAGUCCAGUGCGGAAACUCGCGGACUGAUGAACCUGUGCCAAAUGAGGGAAAGACGAAAAUGAGGAGAGAAGGGGUGGACAUCGAGUUGUGGAAAUUCAAGCCAUCGCUCGAGGAGGAGUACGAGAAUGCAGACCUCAUCGUUAGCCAUGCUGGCUCGGGCACUAUCCUAGAUGUGCUAAGGAGGGACAAACCAUUGAUCGUGGUACCGAACCCAACACUGCUGGAUAACCACCAGCAAGAAUUAGCUCGAGCUCUGAGCGAGCAGUCAUAUUUGCUACGGUCGAGCGUCGACCCAAGUGAAUUAUCUCAAGUGAUCAGGGAUUUGGUUCCAUCAGAGUUGCGCAAGUUCCCUGCGAUGGAUGGAAGUCGAUUCAGGCAGAUCCUUGACGAAGAGAUGGGUUUCCUGUAG